UCUGUUUCAUCUGGGCCUCCUCCUCCUCCUGUGGCAUCCUGUUUACCUGCUGGAAUGCUUUGAAAGAACCAGUGUGUCUGUCUGCAUGUGUACAGCAUGUGGAGGGAGGAGAAACCAGGCCACUGUCACUGCAGUCCCUCCUGAAGAAACAGCAAGCAGACCAAAGUGUUGAGUGUCUGAUUGGAGACAUGUCGUCCAAACUCUGGUUUGCUCUGCCUGUGUGGCUUCUGCUGCAUUUCUCUGAGGCUGGGCGACAGAUGCCGAAACUCUCCGACAAGAAACUCUGCGCUGAUUCUGAUUGCAGCUAUCCAAUCUUGAUAGCUCGUGCAUUGCAGGACUACUAUCCUGGAGAUUGUCGGUUCAUCCCCAUCAGACAAGGGCAGCUUGUUUAUGUGUACGCCAUGCUGAAGGACAGAGGCAACCUCUUCUGGGCUGGCAGUGUCCAGGACUCCUAUUAUGGACAACAGGAGGCUCGGAUUGGUCAUUUCCCAAGUAGCGUAGUGGAGGAGACACAUGCUCUUGCACCAGCCAAUACCGAAGUCAAGACGACUAAAUGGGACUUCUACUGUCACUGAGGAAAAUAACUGGAAUUCAUCAGUACACAAGUUGUUUUGCUUUGAACACCGAAAAUGGCACCUUAUAUCCAGUUUUAACUAUCUUGAUUUAAAAGUGUUGAAAAAUGACCAACAGAUGCUCCACAGUAUUCUACAACACACAACACAAAAUCUGUGUUUAUUCAAGUCUCACAGUGUUAAAUUAACACUGUUCUUGAGUUUGUCAUUCUCAAAGGGCCCAUGUUACAUUCUCAAUAGUGCUGAAAGACUGUGUUACUUAUGGGUAGUUAUUAAUACACACACAGUGUUACCUUAUGACAUAUCAAAGUACACGCUCAGAUUUAGAGGAGUGUCACAGCCAAAGGCCUCAUGUUGGGUUAUAACCUGUAUCCUUCUGGAUAUGUGAUAAUAUCACUAUAUAAUUACGAUUGAAUUAAUAUUAAUAUUUAUAAACUCUGUGAAACACUCCAGUUUUUGCUGUGUAGCCUGCCUUAUAUUUUCUGUUUUUAUAUCCUCUCCUCUGUAUUUCUACACUGAGCAAAAUUUCCAAUGCUACAAUGUUAUGAUUUUUUUCAACAUCAUAUACUUGUAUAAAGUAUUUAGUAAAACC